AUGACUGUAUUGGGAAACGUGCUUGUCGUUCUGUCAGUGGUUGUUUACAAACGGAUGAGAACUUUCACUAAUAUUCUUUUAACUUCACUAGCCAGUGCAGAUCUUUUGGUUGGAUUAGUGGUCAUGCCGAUGUCACUUUUGGAUCUGUUGUACAACCAUCGAUGGCCUUUAGGAAAAUUUUUGUGUGGUGUGUGGGCAACAUCAGAUGUACUACUAUGUACGGCAAGCAUACUGAAUCUUUGUGUAAUCAGUCUGGAUCGAUACAUGGCAAUCACUUCGCCACUAAAAUAUCCAAGGACAAGGUUGUUAGCUUAUUCUUUAACUUAUUCUCUCUUCCACAAAACUAAAGGCCGCAAAUGA